AUGUCCGCUUCCUCCGAAUAUCCCUGCACCAUGAGUUGCCUGGACGCAUUCGAUCAGUUGACCGCAUGCUAUUCGUUGGGUGGACAGUUUCGUAACUACUACCGUUAUGGCGAAUACAAUUCAUGUACCAAGCAACUGGCUAAAUUGAAAUUCUGCAUUGUCAACAGUAAUGACCCUGUGAAAGUGCAGCAAUGGUACAAGGAACAAGCGGAGUUUAAUUCCAAGUUUAGAGGAAGCUCCGACGAUAUCUGGGAGGAAAGGUGA